AGUUGCCUGAGCACCGCCUCUGCUUCUCUUAUCACACUACACACUGGCGCGGAUUCAUUAGACGGAUAUCUGGACUGACCUAUUUGUGCUGUAGCUCCCUGGAUGUUCGGAUUUAUUUUAUGACCACGACUAGAAGCUAGAAUCUCCAUCCCCAGCUGCCCGACUCCGCCUGCUGACGCUAGCUCAUACCCCAGGUUCCCUCAGAGGUCGGACCACAAUGGACCAUAGCGACUUUGACAGCGUGUCUUGGAGGAAUGGGCCUGAUAGCGAUGUCUCAAGGCCAACCACGUCCGGAACCGAUGCUGAGGGACCUGAGAGAUCGGACUAUGAUGUCAACGGAAAACGGAGGAUGAGCUCGACCGGCGAGGAAGGGCCGCCGCUUUCUACACACUCUGGAGGUGACCUUGCUGGAAUUGCAGAUGGCAUACUUGAAUGCACAGUGGAUUCGCCGUUGAAGGAAAACAGUGGCACGAAAGAUGCCUAUGUAUCUUAUCUCAUCACGACCCAUACCGACUUCAAAUCCUUCCAAAAGCCAGAUUUCGCUGUCCGUCGUCGCUAUUCAGAUUUCAAUUUCCUGUACAACACACUAUUCCGCGAAUAUCCAGCAUGCGCCGUCCCUCCGCUUCCUGACAAGCACAAGAUGGAAUACGUGCGCGGGGAUCGUUUUGGCACCGAUUUUACCAACCGUCGCGCCUGGUCCCUCCACAGAUUCCUCAAGCGGCUAUCUCUCCACCCCGUUCUCCGCCGUGCUCCCAUCCUCGUUGUAUUCCUUGAAUCAGCAGAUUGGAACGCGCAUAUGCGCCUUCGCCCAUCACGUACUUCCACCAGUACGUCUGAUGGCGGCGGCGGACCAACCGGGAUUUUCGAUAAUUUUGCAGACACUUUCGUAAACGCCUUCACCAAGGUGCAUAAACCUGACAAGCGGUUCAUUGAGGUGAGGGAGAAAGCCGAUAAACUAGAUGAAGACUUGAAUCACGUCGAGAAGAUAGUGGCAAGGGUAUCCAGAAGAGAAUCGGAUCUAGAAACCGACUACAACGAACUAGCCACGCAGUUUCGCAAGCUGGUCUUGCUCGAGCCAGACGUCGAGGCACCCUUGCAAAUCUUUGCUGCGUCAGUAGAAGAGACAGCACGGGGUAUAAGGAAUCUCAAAGACCACACCGAUCAAAAUUACCUGGGCAGUCUACGGGAUAUGGAAGCAUAUAUCCUCUCCCUGAAAUCCCUAUUAAAAACCCGCGAACAGAAACAAUUAGACUUUGAAGCCCUUGUCGACUACAGGAACAAAGCCGUCUUCGAUCGCGACUCCCUAGCCAACAACCCGGCCUCUUACUACUCCCCCAACCCACUUACCAGCAACCCAGCCUCCUUCAUCCGUUCCAAAAUGGAAGACAUGCGCGGCGUCGACCACGAACAAUCCCGCCGCGAACGCAUCCGCAAACUAGAAUUACGCAUCGACGAACUAACGCGGGAAGUCGAAAGUUCCAAGACCACCUCAGAGAUGUUCGAUGAGGAGGUCGUCCGGGAAGUGGCGGAUUUUGAACGCAUUAAGGCCGUGGAGUUCCGUGAUACGCUGGGAGCGUUGGCGGAGAAGCAUGUGGAGUUUUAUCAGGGGGUGCUAGCGACUUGGGAGCGGUUUAUUGUUGAGAUGGAGAUGGAGGGGGGGGAGAGUUACCAUGGUCAUAAGCCGCAUGGGAAAGGAGUGGAAGGUGGACUUGUUGGGACGGGCCAUUCAUGAUACCUUUUAUUUUUUUUUAUUUUUUAUUUUUUUUAUAACCCCCCCCCCCCCUUUUCUUUGAAUAUGAUUUAACGAGAUUAGGGUGUGAUGGAUGGGAUGGGACGAAUUGCUUAUUAUUGAUGUAUUUCUGCAUUCACUUCCCUACUUGUUUCACAUUUUAAUUAUGUGUGGUUUUAUCGCAAAUGGGAUACUUGUGUGUUAAUUGAUUCUCAGGCCUUGUUUGUUUUUCAUAUUUUUUACCUAUUUGCCAUGAAGUGAUUCAUGUCCAUUCACUCUCAGCUCAGAGGGUUUUUAUGCCUUCUUCCCCUUCUCUCCCUCUUAUUUUCCUUCCGAGCUGCCAUGUUAUUAUACCUUAACUAAUCACUUUUAAUUAGCUAAGGUAUUUUAUGGUCAUACUUAGGCUAGAUGCAAUAUCCGUAUUUCAUAUUUGGUGAUAUUUGCCCGCAAACCGCAAUAGAAAAUAAUAACCAUUUUUUGCUACAUAACUAAUUCUUCAUCGAAUUGAUGUAAAUGGAUGUAUGCAAAAAAAAAAACCAAAAACCC